UCGGACGAGACGAUGAAACGGCGGACACUCGUAUCGUUCACGGUUACUGCCAAAAAGUUUCUCUGCUUUCUUUAUAUGCUGAGACUCUGAGAGCUUCGGUGCAAGCAGGUAGCAAAUUAUUCUGGUCUGUACGUGCGCGUCCAUGGCUGGCUCAACCAUCGUCCUCGUCCCGGCCUGGGGAUCCGGCCACUUCAUGUCCGCGCUGGAAGCCGGCAAGCGGAUGCUCGGCAGCGGCGGGGCCGCCGUCUCCCUCACCGUGCUCAUCAUGCGGGCGCCGACGGAGACGAAGGCCGCGGAGGUCGAGGGACACGUGCGGCGGGAGGCGGCUUCUGGAUUAAUGGACGUGCGCUUCCGGCGGCUCCCCGCGGUCGAGCGACCCACCGGCUGCGUGGCGCCCGAGGAGUUCACGUCCCGGUACGUCGAGCUCCACGCGCCCCACGUCAAGGCGGCCAUCGAGGGGUUGGCGUCGCCGGUGGCCGCGGUCGUCGUGGACCUCUUCUUCACGCCCCUGCUCGACGUGGCCCACGAGCUCUCGCUGCCGGUGUACGUGUACUUCGCCUCCACCGCCGCGUUCCUCGUGCUCAUGCUGCGGCUGCGGCUGCCGGAGCUCCGGGAGUACCUGACUGUUGGGUUCGAGGGGAAGGAGGCCUCGGUGAACGUGCCCGGGCUGCCGCCGGUGCCGCCGUCUCACAUACCGGUGUGCCUCGUGAACAAGACGGUGAAGAACUACGACUGGUUCGAGUACUAUGGCCGCCGCUUCAUGGAGGCCAAGGGCAUCAUCGUGAACUCGUCCGUCGAGCUCGAGGGAGCGGUUCUGGCCGCGAUCGCCGACGGCCGCUGCGUGCCCGCAGCCGCCGGUCGCCCCGCUCCGGCGAUCCACGCCAUCGGUCCGGUGAUCUGGUUCGACAGCCCGCCGCCGGAUCAGCCGCACGAGUGCGUGCGGUGGCUGGACGCGCAGCCACCGGCGUCCGUGGUGUUCCUCUGCUUCGGGAGCAUCGGCUUCCUCGACGCGGCGCAGGUGAGGGAGGUCGCCGAGGGCCUCGAGCGCUGCGGCCACCGCUUCCUCUGGGUCCUGCGCGGCCCGCCCGCCGGCGACGUGCGGUACCCAACGGACGCGAACCUGGGCGAGCUUCUCCCAGAGGGGUUCCUCGAGUCCACCGCCGGGAGGGGGAUGGUGUGGCCGAGGUGGGCGCCGCAGAAGGACAUCCUCGGCCACGCCGCCGUGGCCGGCUUCGUGACGCACUGCGGCUGGAACUCGGUGCUGGAGAGCCUGUGGUUUGGGGUGCCGAUGGCGCCGUGGCCGCUCUACGGUGAGCAGCACCUCAACGCGUUCGAGCUCGUGGCCUGUAUGGGCGUGGCGGUCGAGAUGAUCGGGACGACGACGAAGGACGGUGACGCGGUGAGAUCCUUCGUCGGGGCGGCGGAGGUGGAGCGCGCGGUGAGGAGGCUGAUGCCGGGCGGCGGGUCGGAGGAGGGGAGGAAGGCGAGGGAGAAGGCCGCGGAGAUGAGAGCCGCCUGCAGGACUGCCGUGGAGGAGGGCGGGUCGUCGCACGAGGCGUUGCAACGUCUCGUGCGUGAGAUUUUGGAAGGCCAUAGGAGGCCGUAGCUUGAGGACGAGGAGCUGUGACUGUGAGGAACUGAUAAUUCGGUAUUAAUGGUUAGUCACCCACCAUUAUUUCCCCGGUUUAGUCUCCUGAGAGUUCGAUUAUUUGACAUCCUGAUCAUAUGGUUUUAUAUAUCAUUGUUACAAGUAUUAACCUAAACAAUUUAGUAAAAAAAAAUAUCAAAUCAUCGAAUGUAUCUCUCAUCACCGUCCAUUUUUUUACAAAGCAAUUACAGACGUCUUACUCUUCUUGUAUGUACACCUGCACGCUUAGCCCUAUGAUCUCUCAAUUUUUAGAAACAAAUGUUAGCAUAUAUAGAUGCUUAUAUAAU